CUGGGGUGGAGCGUAGUUGACAACUACACGAGCAGAUAUGGCGGAACAGAAAGUCUCCUUCAGAUCGCCCUGUUCUAUCAGACAAGAAUCUAAAUGUUCUUCAAGACGUGUCAGAUAAAUUUUCGUAUGCAGUUGCUGAUAACAUUGUCUUUUAUCUAGAUUAGCAUGAACAACUUGGUUGAAAUAAAAGGAAGUUGUGAUUGUUGGCAUAGAGGCUUCAGAGUUUGUUUACCAUGAGAAAUUCUAAUGUUCUAAAUUGCCAGCUGAAUGAAGGUUUGGUGCCUGGUAUGAUUUCUUCCAUACAUAUUUAUUUGGAACAAUAAGCUUUAUUAAGCGCAUGCAAGAUGGAUAUGUGUAAGUGUAUUAAAGAGUGAUGGGUGUAUUGAUCUCAAAAAAGAAGUCAGCAAAGAAAGUCAGUAGCAAUGGGUUGAAUGAAAAUCAAAGAUUUGUUGCUGUCCACACAAUUAGUCGCCAAAAUCAAAACAAAUUUGAUCACAGAGAUGUCAACACACACGAAGGCAAGACAAAGGGCAAAUCAGAUGCUUUUAAGUUAAAUCCAGAGACAAGUAAAGUUGUCCUGCAAGUUUUACAAGGCAGUUUGGAAAGUCAUUCUGCAUUCAAAGCGAAAAUUGUUCGAGUCUUUGUCAGCUCGACCUUCACAGAUACAAUUGUAGAGAGAAAUGCCCUCAUGCAAGAGGCUUAUCCAAAGAUCAAGAAAUUUUGUCAAGAACUUGGAUAUGAAUUUCAAGUUGUUGAUAUGAGAUGGGGAAUCCGAGCAGAGGCCUUGGAUGACCACCAGACACUGGAAUUAUGCAUCAGGGAGAUAGAAAAAUGUCAGAACUUAUCUACUGGCCCGUCAUUUCUGAGUUUGCUGAGUGAGAAGUAUGGUUUUUGCCCUAUCCCUUCCAAAAUUUCGAAAAAAGAAUUCAGGGCCAUUGCAAGUCAAAUAUCUGAUGACAACGAUUUCCAGCUUCUUCUGUCAUGGUACCUAAGAGAUGAAAAUCAUCAACCUCCAGUUUACGUUCUCCAACCAAUUUCAUCGCACAUCCCAGACUUUGUCAAUUAUACAAAUGAAACAGUUCGCAAAAGGGCUGUUAAAGAAUGGUAUGAUGUCAUGACUAAAAUGGCUAAAAUUCUGAGAAACGCUGCCGAGAAGGUUCUUCUUGGAAAGGAAAGGCGGAAGUACUUUGCUUCUGUAACUGAAGCUGAGACAGAGAAGGGGGUAUUUCAAUCAAACGACAAAUCCUGCGGUAUUUUCUGGUUCAAGAGAAACAUAGAUGGCCUUUCUGAUGCCACUGAUGAAAAGGUUGAAAAGUACCUAGACAAACCGGACGACGAAAAGGACAAGCCACAAGUGUAUCUGGCAAACAUUCAAAAUCGAAUGCUUAAUGAAAUGAAGGAGGACAAUGUAAUACAGUACAAUAUAAAAUGGAACCCAAAAGGAGUAAGUCUUGAGGACGAAGAACAUUCCAAGUAUAUAGCUUCACUGUGUAAAGAUGUUUCAGAGACGAUGAAAAAGGCAAUAGAAGAAAAAAUUAAUGAAAGAUCGAGGAAUGAAGCUAAUCUAGCCAUUUAUGAAGAGGUUUUGCAGCAUAUUUCAUUUGCCAAAUCAAGAUGUAUAUUCUUUCAUGGUCGACAACAACAGCUGGAGAAAAUACACGAGUAUCUUAAUGGGUCAGAAUCGUAUCCACUCGUUGUUUACGGUGAAUCAGGUAGCGGUAAGACUUCUGUCUUAUCAAUGGUAUUAAAGUGUUGCCAGGAAUGGUUCAAUAGUGGAUCUGCUGUUGUGACAAGGUUCUUGGGUAUAACUCCUGAUUCAUCAUUGCUCCGAAGACUUUUGAUGAGCUUGUGCCAGCAGAUUUCAUUUCUGCUUGAUCGAGAAUAUAAUGAGAACAAAGUUAAGAUUGUGAAAGAAGCAAAAGAUGAAUUCGUAAAUUUGUUGAAACUCAGUGAAUCACAUUUCACAGCUGAGACACCGCUUGUCAUUAUCCUUGACUCUCUGGACCAGCUCUCUCCUGAAGACGGUGCUUUUCAGUUGUCAUGGUUACCGAUGAAACUGCCACCAUGGGCCAAAAUGGUUGUAUCAACCAUAUCUCAGGAUAAAUAUGACUGCCUGAAAAAUUUGAAGGCGCUUAUAACCGAGCAAUGCUUCCUUUCCAUACCUCUUUUGCCCAUUGAUGACGCAGUACAGAUCAUCGACGACUGGUUGGGAGCCAACAAAAAGACUCUUACAGAGGACCAGAAAAAAACUUUGCUUCACUCGUUCGAGAAAUGCUCGCUACCGAUUUUCCUCAAGGUUUCGUUUGAGGAGGCACUAAGGUGGAAAUCGUAUACACCAGUUGACGAAGUCAGACUCGAAACUACCGUUAGAGGGGCAAUUAAAGCACUAUUUGAGAGAACUGAAAGACAGCAUGGUGACUUAUUUGCAAAGAGGACACUAGCAUAUAUAACUGCUGCAAAAAGCGGUUUGACGGAGUCCGAACUUGAGGAUAUCCUUUCGUGUGACGAUGAAGUUUUGGAAGACGUUUAUCAGUAUUGGGUCCCGCCCGUGCGUCGCAUACCCCCACUUCUGUGGUUGCGAAUGAAGCACGAUCUCUCAUCGUAUCUGGUUGACCGGGGAGCUGAUGAAUCACGGGUAGUGACUUGGUACCAUCGGCAAUUCAAAGAAGCUGCAGUAGAAAGAUACCUGUCAGAUAAGGAAGAAACGCGUCGUAUACACAAGGCAAUCAGCGAAUAUUUCUUAGGACGCUGGGCCAACGGCAACCAAAAGCCCUUUGAAAAUAAAGAUGGCGAUACAGAAUUUAUGGAUCGACUUGUGGCAGCUCAGACAUUGAUAUUUUCCCCCGAAGACUAUUGCCGCCUCGGCUCCGUGUCCUUCAAUUUUCGUAAGUUAAGUGAGCUGCCCUUUCAUCUUGUUAGAGCUGGAGAGCUUGAUUUGCUUAAGAAGGAAUGCCUUUGUAAUUACGAGUUUCUUUUGACUCAUUUACGAGCUCGUGGCCUAAGCGAUGUAUUAGAUGGCUUUGACCUUGCAAUUAGUACUUGGCCUGAUGAUAAAGAUCUUACAACCGUUCACGAGACUUUAAAAUUGUCAAUGAAUGCUCUUAGCCUAUGGCCUGGCCAACUUGCCUCUCAACUCAUUUCGCGAAUGCCCAAAGAAACUAUCAAUAGAUCGGAGUUCUUGGAACUGUUAGAGAAACAAGCAAGAGAGCCUUCACUCCCAGCUCUUGUUCCAAAUAUGGCAUGCCUUACAUCUCCCGGAGGACCUUUGCUGCAGUCCCUCUCUGGUUCAUCUGAGCUUCAUGUUGGAUUGCGCUUAAGUAGAGAUGGAAAAACCCUUGCCAGCAUAGGUGAAUCAAACGAGCUUCUGGUUUGGGAUGUCGCAGCUGGACGUGUUUUCAGAAAUCUUCCCUUCCCCGAUGGAGGUGUGACGUAUUCAUGCCUAACCGCUAAAGGAGAAAUACUCAUAAUAUCCCGGUUCGGUAUCAUCAAGGCCUGGCUUCUUUCCACUGGACAAACGCUCUUAGAUAUAAAAGGCCACGACGAAACAAGCCCGAUUUCAACUUGCCUUUUUAAUGGUCAGGAAGCCCUUGCUGCAUUUUACUCAGAGACUUUGACUAUUAUCAAUUUAGAGAACGGGGAAAUCCUAAAAGAAUAUACCACAAAAUUACAAGACUGUUCAGAGAAACCUACAAAAAUUAUGCUCAGCUCUUGGAAUGAAAAAUGUCUUGUCGUUCAUAAGGAUUUGAUUAAAGAAGAACAAUUUUCCAUGCUUUUAGAAUUGUUUGAUAUAAGCCCAGAACUGAAGCACGACUUAUUCAGAAUAAAAGUAGAUCAUGAUAUCAUGUCAUUAGAAAUUGUGAGCUGUAACCAAAUACUCGUCACCAGCGCUGUUUUAGAAGAUGGCCUAAAUACCAGUCGUAGGCCAUCUGCAAGACCGUCUGUUGCUUCUAAUUGGCAAAAGAUGUCUCUUGAAUUAUGGGAUAUACGAACGAUGAAAAUGAAAACGACCCUAGCAUCGGAGAAUGAGUUUGUAAGGUGCUCGUGUAUCACGCCGGACAGAAACGAGGUUAUAUUGUUGUGCAAUACGAAUUUUAUUGAAACUGCUUGUGAGUUUAUGGGUUUUAUCAAAAUACAUUCAGUGGUUGACGGAAGCUCUGUAAAAAUGCCUCUUAGUUAUCCAAGCUCAAUCACUUCGGUUUGUGGCACUGGAUUUAGAUGCAUAGUUACUGCAUCCUUAGACAAGAUUAUACGUGUAUGGGAUCUAGAGAGAAGCCUCGAUAAGAAUACAGAUGCCCGCAAAAUAAGCAGUCAGAGUGCAGCUCACACUGUUUGUUGGGUUGGUAAUGCUGUAGGUGAAGGGAAAGCUGAAGAGCGUAACGAGGAAGCUGAGCAAUAUCUGAGUGCCAACGAAACAUCUUCUGCGAUGCAUUGGAAAACGGAAGUAACCAAGUUUGAUAGUAAUGACAAAGAUGGUGAUAAGCAAGAGAAUGUUAAUACCGACGAAAACAGGGCAAAGCAACAUCAAGAAAAACAGCAGGAAAAGCACGAACAAAAGCAAAAACAGCAACAACAUGAAAAACAACAACAAAAUGAACAACAACAACAAGUACAUGCACAGCAGCAGCAGCAGCAGCAACAUGAGAAAAGUAUCCCCGUACAAAUGGAUACAAGUCAGAGUUACGGAGUUCAAAACGAUACAAAAGAACGUAGGAUUUCCAGAAAUGUUGGAUGGGAACAUGUUAAUAGUUUCCCUGUAGGGAAGAAGUUCCUUAAACUGCGAUACAGUAACUUGAGCUCGGCCGUUCAUUCCCUUGUUGUUGAAAGUGGUUCAAGUCUCGAGGAUUUGCAAAUCGCUACUUGCCAUGACAAAAUUCUGGUUUACUUUGCAAGAAGAAUCAUUGAUUCGGUUUUUUCUGCCAUCGUUUGGAAUCUAAAAACAGACGUAAAAGUAAGGGUAUCUGGUCUCCAGAAUCCUGAAGCUGUUAUAUGUAAAUGUGAUACUUACUAUGUUGUUGUCCUGUCAUCUAGUGUUUUAACGUUGUACAAUGCCAACAGUGGUGAAUUCGUAAAGUCCAUAGCGGUUGAUGUUGAUGACAAGGGCUCAGAAAGACUUGCUUCAAUAUCCAACGAUAUUGUUGUGCUUGUUGAGAAAGGAAGAAGAAGCAUGAAAGUGUUUUCGCUGCCAAGUCUGAAGUUGGUAAAAUCAGUUUCAGUCGGAGAAACAGAAGUGAUUGCUAGGGUAUUCAGUAGCAAAAACAUGAAGAGGUUUAUUGUUUGUAAAUGGAAACCGAAACCUGGAGAGGGAAAGGGCUUCCAACAAAGUGUAGAGAUCUGGAAUUCAGAGACAGUUAAAAAUACUGCCUCCCUUGAUUAUGGUAUCCUUUCUACUGAGUUUAAUGAUACAAUUGUUUCAAAUGACGGAUCUGUUUUGGUUGAUCUUGUAUUUGAUCCUAACAAGUCGGAGUAUUGUCUAGUCGUAUGGAAGAGCGGCUCUUCAACCCCAGAAACAUUGCCCUGUGAUGCACCAGUCACUGUCUUUGCCUUAGAACCGCAAUCAAACAAAAUCAUUAUAGGAACAUGGAAUGGUGACUUACUGCUUUACGAUAUUGACAGUCUGAAGCUGAAGCGUUUGGCUAAAGCACACACUGGAGCACUUCAGUUUAUAUUGCUUUCAAGGAAGAAUAAAAUGAUUUUAACAGUUGCUGGUGCUUUUAACUCACGUGAUCGUUCUUUGCGUCUAUGGAAUGCAGAGAGCGGCAAGCUGAUUACAGAAUACACACCUGAUGUAAAGAUAAGUUCGAUAGCAAUGACUGAAGAUGAAAGAUUCAUUGUACUGGAGAUUCAAGGCAGGCUGAUUAGGUUUGAGUUAAUGUGCAAAGAGGUCUGAAGAGCGCUGACAGCAAGAGCUAUGUAAUUGCUUUUCGGUUCAGGAAUGUACAGUUUGCUAUAAGUAUAACAGCAUCUCGAAUACGGCAACAAAAUUUACAUGUAUUUCUACAACUUCUGUCCCUUUUAGUCCACUCAGCAUGUCACAGUAGAUUAUCACGGCUCUCUGUUUUAAUUUUGAAAGAGCAUAAGAGAGUCUAAAGGCCCUCAAAUACUUUGCGCUUUAGUUUUUGCAGCUAUUCCAUCUGGGUCUAUGUAAGACUACCCUCCUUGAUAAUGUGACUUAUUCUAAUGACCCUGAUAAAAUGGAGCUAAGCAAAAUACACUCCCUCAGUGGGGACUUGCCCCACCUUCCACAACUUUUGCCAGGCUCGCUUUUAUCAAACAAUGGAUGAUGGUAAAGAAUUAGGAUCAUUCACUCAACUCAAACUUUAAUGUUGAAAACACUAUUAUGCUUUUGCUGAUGGUUAAUUAUAAAUGUCUAUGGGAAUAACUCUUUUCCAUUAAUCUUUCAAGAUCUUUUAUGCAUUCACAGUUGGAUGCGAGUUUAACUUGGGUGUAGCGUACUUUUUUAUCCUGGCAGCAUGUAUAGAGGGCAGUAAGACCCUGCUUUUUAUUAGCAAGGUUUCCAAGAGAAUGAAUUGUUAAUAAAAGGAGGUAUACAAAUAUUCCUAGGACCUCAUCAAUUUAUCUUUAGGCAAAGACUCCACCCGGAAAUGUCCUCUAGGCUUAAAAUGCAACGCCCGAGCAGCUUAAAUACAGGGUAACUGUAUAAUAGAAGCAGACACUUUAUUUACAGAGCGAUCAAUAUCUGGCCUCUUUAAGAAAAAGAAGUUUUACCGCCAGUAUAUAUUUUUAUUAAUGCUCUUCCGGCACAAGAAAUAGGGAGGACGUCGAUAAAAAAAGCAUUUACUUUUCGAAAGGGCAAAAGACUGUAGCCAUUGUAGUUUUCACUCUUUUGUUUCAAUCGAUGCUGUGGGAAUCACAAAAUUGUAUAUAUUCUUAUUCUUGUAAUCUGAGCUUGUAGAAGCAUGUUUUUGCUUUAUGAAGAGAGAAUUGAUUCAAUUAACAAAGUUAAAAGAAAUCUGGCAUUGCAAUUAGACUGUACACUGGGUUGCUUAUUUAUACUUUGUUUGAUUAUUUCAUCAAAAAUUAUUUAUAAUGUGCCUAUGAUUUGUAUAAAAAACUUGAUGGUGUGAUGAGUAUGUAAAAAUUCUUUGUAAUAGGCCAUUUUAAAAGUUUUAAUAUGAGUUUUAUGAUAGAUAUAUUUAUAUUGUUGUAACAUAUCGUAAUUUGUAGAUGAUUCUUUAUACCUGCUUACUGGAUUUCUCGCUUUUCGUUUCCCAGAUUUUAUACAAGCAAACGUAUUUAAAGUAUACUAGAGAUUUUUACAGAAAAAGAGAAGAAUGGUUUGAUUAAACGCA